CCUUGGCCUUUUUUGCGACUUCUAUUUAUUUUCCCAACACUAUAUACGAAAUGAGACUAAAUUAAUCAAGUAAAAACUAAAAGCAUAUAUGUUUCGAAUCACAUACCGUCUAAUUCUGCGCGAGAAGGAGUUACAUUUUCACAUUGGUGUAUAUAAUCCAAGCAAGGACUUAUCCUUCACUUUCAAUAUGCUUUUGCACACAUACUUAAAAGUUCCUGAUGUACGGCGCUGCCAAAUAACUGGCUUACAUGGUUGUACAUUUAUUGACAAGACUCGUGAUGGUGCUAUAUAUCAGGAGGGGCGUGAAAUAGUGACGGUUGGUGAAUGGACUGAUCGAAUUUACCAGCACACGCCACAAGAACAUGUUAUCACAAACGUUGUGUCCGGAAGAAAGAUGCGGUUACACAAGUACAAUUUCCCUGACACAGGUAAGUUGGAAUCCUUGGUUUGA